AUGGGGCUUGGCACGAGGGGCUGGGAAGGUCUACAGGGCACCUUUCCCUGUCCUGUCUGCCUCCACCACUGCCCUGACAGGAGCUUGAAGAGGAACACCCAAUUAUGUCACAUGACUGAGAUUGUUCAGCAGAUCCCCACCUCCGGGAGCCAGAGGAAAAUGCAGGAAGAAAUACCCCUGUGUGCGAAGCACAAUGAGGUUCUGACCCUGUUCUGUGAGAAAAGCCUGGAGCUGCUGUGUCCCCAGUGCAAGGGCUCCUUAGAUCCCCUGGAUCAGCCCCUGAUCCCCAUUGAGGAAGCUGCAGCCAGUCACAGGGAGAUCCUCAAAAGGCACAUUGGGACCCUUACUAAUAACCUUGAAAAUGCUGAAACUGUAUAUAAAAAACAAGAUGAAAAUACUUGGGAAGUAAAGAGAAAGAUGGAAAAACGGAGGGAGGAAUUGGACUAUGAAUGUGAAGAAAUUAAGAGUUUCUUAGAAGUAGAGCACAAUGAAAUUGAUAAAGAUCUACUUAUGGAAGAGAAUGAUGCUGAAGAAAACCUAACUGAAAAUGAAAGGCAAAUUUCACACCAUACGUUCAGGCUAAGCAGUCUGUUAAGUAAAACAGAAGAGAAGUGUUCGCAGACAGAUGAGGAUUUACUCGCAGGUAUUGAAAGGAUCCACAACAGCUAUGGAAACCGAGAGACCCCAGCAGUGUUUUCAUGUGAAUUACAGAAGGAGAUUUUCACUCUCCCCCCACAUUACCUGGGCCUGCACAAAAUGAUCGGCACCUUUCAGGUAGAGUUGACACUGGAUCCUGAAACUGCCCAUCCAGACCUCAUUAUGUCAAGUGAUAGAAAAAGUGUGACCUACAGGAGCCCAGAUGGUCUUCCUAAUCCCCAGGCACUUCCUUCUUCCCCAGCUGUCCUGAGUUCUGAGGAAAUGGAUGCUGGCAGGCAUUUUUGGGCAGUAAAAAUAAUAGGCGCAGGUGAAUGUUUCUUAGGUGUGUGUAAAGAAUCCUUCGUCAUAAACACUCCCAUAUCACCAUCGGCAAACAAUGGAUACUGGCAACAUCAGCUCUUGACUCGGACAUGUGGCGUUGUCCCUACAGGACAACGGAAGAUUGGCAUUUUUCUGGACUAUGAGUUGGGAGAGAUUUCAUUUUAUAAUUUGAAUAACUGGUCAUAUAUGUACGGAAUCACUGACAAAUUUACAGAAAAACUUAUUCCUUAUUUCUCCAUUGCAUCUUCUUCAGACUCUCUUACAAUCAGUAUCAUCAGAAUCUAG